AUGUCAUUCUGGGAUAAUAAUAAAGGCACUUUUCUUGCUGCUGGGAAAGCCACGGCUAAAGGAAUUGGAACAGGUACUAAAGCAUUAGGAAAGGCAGGGUACAGAACAUACAAGAAUAGUCAAGGUGAAAGAAAGGGAGCACCAGGUAAUGAAGCAGACAAGAUAGAAAGAUCUAAUUAUGAAAAUAGUAACAACAUAAAUACAAGUGCCAACACAGGUGCCUAUUCAGGUUCAAAUACAGGUUCAAAUACAGGUUCAAAUACGGGAUCAAAUUAUUACCAGAGCCAACCUAGACAUGUUGACGUCAAUGCGUAUCCGCUCCCACCUACGAGAGUUGCGGGACCUGGAGAAGUGAGGCCUUUGGACCAUCAGGCUCAAGGUCAACAAGGCCAGCAACCUCAGCAACCUCAACAACCUCAACAACCUCAACAACCUCAACAACCUUAUUCUCAAAAUGCACAGUAUUCACUGGCUCCAUACCAACCCCAACAGCCUCAACAACCUCAGCAACCAUAUUCUCAGGCUCCAUAUCAACCUCAACAACCUCAGCAACCUCAACAACCUCAGCAACCAUAUUCUCAGGCUUCAUAUCAACCUCAACAACCUCAACAACCUCAACAGCCGCAACAGCCUCAACAGCUUCAACAACAAUAUUCUCAAGGUGCGCAACAUUCCCAAGCUCCAUACCAGCCGCAACAACAGAUUCAAUCACAGUCACUUACAGAAGGUGAAAGGCCAAUUCCGACACCUCCAACCCAAGCGGGAACUCAACCUCAAUUUCAGCCCCAGCAUCAGCAACAACAAAAUGGACACAUACAGCAGUCUUAUACUGCCGAAUCUCAACAACCCACGUACCAGGUAGAACAGCAGCAACAAUCAUACCUGACCCAACCGCAACAACAAUUUCAACAGCCUAUCUACCAACCUCAACCACAACUGCAAGUGCCGUACCAACAGCCUUCGGAAGCAGAUGUUUCGAGCCAACAUCCACCAGCAUAUGGUGAUAGCCAAAUGCAAAAUAUCCAACAAGAACCCACUCAAGUAGAUAGCGAACCUGUUAAAAAAUCUUUACCUGAUCCUUCCCUGUUUGCGCCACCUCCAAUUCAUAAAAACAGGGGAGCUUCAGAAUCAUCGAAUUCUCCAUCUUUUAAGAAGACUGGCCUUAGUGGAAAACCAUCUCCUGCUGGUAAAUAUGGAAUUCCGAGUACCCCAAAGCCCACCACUUUGGAUAUGGAUCCUUCAAAACUAGGACCGCCUCCUCCUAAACCAUAUAGAGAAAAUUCUGAAACUACGCUUAACUCAGCUUCAUCAAACAUUCGACAGACCCCACCAUUGCCUACUCGUCAAUCUAGUAGCACAACCCAAAAGCAGUUGCAAACUACGUCUACUCCUGUUCCUCCACCACGGAGUAAUACCGUGAGCGUGAAUUCUGCGUCUUCCCAAGAAUCUAGCUUACCUGUUCCUCUACCAUUACGAGACAACACUGGUUCUGACGGUUCUCAAAAGAAAGCACCACCUCCGAAACCUACAAAGAAGCCCACGCAAUUAUCUUCCAAUGGACCUCCAAAAAAUGCAGAAACCGAUACAUAUAAACAAGAAACAAAAAAUUCCAUGCCUAACUUUGCCGAAGAAAUUGCUUUACGAAAAAAUACGAAUAAUAGUUUAAGUGGUAAGAGCAAUUUAAAUUCAGACUUUAAUUCAGAAUUGAAGAGUAAAUUAGAACCAGUUAAUUCUGAAAAUCAUGCAAAAACGGAGCCGUCUAAUUCCACUCCUUCUCUGGUGAAGCCAAAGCCGAAGGUGAUGCCCAAACCAAAAAUUGGUCCAAAGCCUGAAAUUUCCCCAAAUUCUUCUAUUUCACCCAAGCCAGAGACAAAAGUAAAGCCUAUAAUUAAAUCCAAACCUGAAAUAAAGGCCAAACCUGAUGUAAAAACGAAACCUAUCAUUGGAACCAAACCUGUAAUGGCAUUCGGUUCUAAGGAUAUUGAGAAUGAUCUGCCCAUUUCUGACUCGCCUAGUAAUCUACAUGUCAACAAAUCCAACACUCCUCCACCACCAAUUCCAAGACCUCGAAGUGCUACGUCUAAUAAUUCUACUCCACCUCCUCCACCUCCAUCCAGGAAUUACAGAAGAGCUAAGGCAGCUGCUCCGCCAAUUGAAAUGGGUCCCCCAAAUCUUGAUUUACAGUUGUCAACAGGCUGGUUCGCAACCACCUCGGGACCAAUGGUAUUGCCUAAGGAUUUGUCUGGUCUUAACUACAAUACCACUUAUCUGUAUAUCACUCGUGGUUCUGACAAAUCGCAUACUAGGAAUAUUAAUUUAAGGCUACGCGAUUUGGCUAUGAUUUCUUACGCCAUUACAUGGCUGAAUGAUAAUAUCAACAAUGCAAAAGUAGAAGUUACUAAAUUUAUUCCAUCUCCAAUAUUUAAUAGAAUACCAACUGUGGAUGAAUUAAUUGCUAACCAAAAUAGGUUUGGCGAAUACGUAGCUUCAUGGAGUGAGAAUAAAAUUGGCCAGAAAGUUGGAACUGGAGAGUGUUGGGAUCUUGCUCGUGAUGCUUUGCUAAAGGGUUGUGGAAAACAUGCGUUUGUAUCAACUUAUUAUCACCAUGGUUAUCCUAUAAUUCUGCUUCGGGGUUCUGAAAAUGGUAUCUCAUACGUUGAUGGAAAAUCACCUUUAGAUGAAUUGAGAAGAGGUGAUAUUUUGCAAUAUACUUCUUGUACAUUUAAGGAUAAAAGUCGAGGAUCAGUGAGCACUGUGGGUAAUCCAGAUCAUACAUCAGUGGUAUUGGAAAAUACCGGAGAUAAGUUGAUAAUAGCUGAACAGAAUAUUAAUAAUUUGAAGAUAGUAAAGAAAACGGAAAUUUGCCUACAAAACUUAACCCAAGGUAUUGUGGUUGUAUAUAGACCGAUGCCGACUGAAUGGGCAGGAGAUUUGUAG